UCGACGAUGGCUUUCGCGAAUUCAGUUCCGGUUUUACGGCCGAGUUUGGGUGUUCCGGUUUCACAUCGGCUUUGGCUGAGUUUACUCUGGUCCAGUGUACUUUGUAGUGCCUUCUUCUAUCCUCAAGAUGCUUACAGGACACAAUAUUAUAACGCCAUUCCAGUGCAGAGUGAUACUCGACCACAGCAGUACCCAAGCGAUUAUGGUUAUGCCGUUAAUCAGAAUUCAAUGACACCGGUCAACCCAUACGUACAGAAUGGAGCAGGAUUUAACCAAAAUGUGAACUAUUACGGGGUACCUGGAUAUGAUGACUAUCGAUACCAAGGACACAAUCGAUACGCUUCGAGCGAUCCUUACGUCCGACAAUACUGGAAUGAUUACUACCGUCGGAAUUACUACAACAGUGGUGCAAGUAGAAGGAGACAGGAUACCAUCCAAGAGACUACAACUGCAGCCUUAACGACUACUACGCCAAGGCCAAGGAGUGUGCCUAGAAAGAAGAAACUUUUCGUCCCAAACGUAUGGGGAUAGUGAAGGGGGGACUGAACGUAAAACUGUGGUGAAGAUUUUUUAUAAUAAACUGUAAAACUGAAA